UGCCUGCGCGUGCCGAUAUACGUUGCGAUUUUGAUCAUCGCAUUGAUCAUACUCUCUCGAGAAGCUGGACCUACUUCAAAAACACAUAGCUGUGGUCUCGUACAGCCGCGAUGUGGAUAUUACCGAUCCUGGGCUAUGUCGGCCUCAUUUUGGGCUUCAUCUUCCUCACACUUGCCAUCGCAAGUGGUCUUUAUUACCUCUCUGAAGUCGUCGAGGAGCACUCCGUCUUCGCCAAGCGGAUCCUGACUCGCUUGAUAUACGGUCUCAUCGCAAUUCAGACGCUGCUCCUGGUUGUGGAUAGAUUGCCGUGGCUACCCUCCCUCGUCAGCAUCGCCAGUCACGCGAUCUACCUACAAAACCUCCGCCGCUUCCCGGUCGUGAAGUUGACCGAUCCGAUCUUUGUAUCAUCCUGCGUACUGGUCUUGGUCAAUCACUGGCUGUGGUUUCGACAUUUCAGCCAGCCACCAAAAUACGAUUACAGCCCAGGCCGAGGCGGGAGGUAUGACUACUACAACCCGGCGGCUACGGCACCCAACUUUACGGAGAUAGCAUCGUUCUUUGGCUUGAUGGUCUGGUUGGUGCCUUUUGCCUUGUUCGUCAGUUUGAGUGCGGGAGAGAACGUUUUGCCGAGCAUGGGGUCGGAGUAUGCAACAGGAGCCGGGAGUAGUUUCACGAGUCCCGGUCUGGAGCCGAGCGGUGGCAGCUUGGAUGGUGCGAGAAGAGGGCGCAAAAGGGCAGGCACGCACUCCCAAGGAAUGGCCAAAGCAGCUGUACACGGAGUCAAGGAAUGGAUUGGAGAGACGGGAGAACUCUUUGGCUUGUGGAAAGGGGAGAGGACACGCCCCUUAUGAUAGUAACGAUUCUGAUGGAUGAUGGAUGAUGGGAAAGUUCUGAUUUUUUAAAAGCGCGGAGAUACCACGGAUGCUGUAAGGGAUGAACAAGAAAUACCAGACUGAGACAAGAGACAGAAUGAACAA